GUAAACGUAACCUUACACGUGCUUAAACGUUAACGUUCAAUUGAGGUGAUCUCUGUACAUAUAUAAAUUAUUAUUACUAAUUGAUAAUAAAUUUGUAAGAAGGAAUUAAGGAAUUAACGAUAAACAUGCCCAAUUCACUUGUUCGUAAGAGUCUUGAAUUGUCCGGAUAUAAUGAUUUCAAUAAAGAAAAAAAGAAGAAAAAGAACAAACAUAAUGGUUACAAAGGAACUUUGGAAUUAAUUCCUGCUAAGCAUAGAAUUAUUUCUUCCAAAGAAAAAACAAAUAUCAACAAUAUUUUUGGUUGGUCUAAAAAAGUUAAUAUAUAUGAAGCCAAAAAGCAACUAAAGUCAAAGAAAGAUUUAACCGAAGAGAACGUACAGAAUCUUUUAUUGCUGAGUAGUAAUCGUUUGGACAAGCAUAUGGUUGACAAGGUUUUAAAGCGAGCUGUUGACAAACGAUUUGCUAAAAAACCGAAAAUGAAGAAGAAGAAGAAGAAACAAGAAAGUACUGUGUUUACAGAGGAAGAUUUUAAGAAAUUUGAAGAAGAAUAUAUAGAUCAGUAAAAUAAAAUUUAAUCUUUUGUACAUAAAUAUGCAUAGAUAAAAAUCAAUAAUUGUUUAAAUCAUUUAUUUGACUAAUAAUUUACAUCGAAGAGGAAGAGACUGAAAGCGUUAUAAAUGUAAUAUUAUCUACAUAUGAUUUAUGUUUAAUAGGAUAUUAUGGUUUUAGGAAUGUUUCAAAUAAAUUAUUCAUAUAAUUGAUCACAUAAAUUGAUGUGCAAAAAAAAAAAAAAAUAAAAAAUUCUAUUCUUUUUUUAAAUUUGUGGCAUUCCUGAAGCAUUCGUAUUUUAUAUGACUCACUGUGCAUAUGUAUAAUCAUUGGCUUAAUAUUAACGUGAAACAAGAAAACAAGAUAAAUUAUUAUUAUUAUUUAUUGUAAUAAAAAUACUUU